UCUUGGUAGGUCGAAAGUAAGUACAUACUAAGAAACGGACAAGUUCGUCCAGGAUUCAGAGAUCCGCCUAGCCCAUGCAAGACACCCCUUGUCUAGCUAGGUGCUUUUUUUAGAUUAGAGUCCUUUGCCAAGCAUCCGAUGGGAUCUUUAUUCGUCAAUCUCAGCAUCGCAAGUGGACCCGUUCGAGGCUUGGGGAGAAUACGAGUACGAGCUUCAAAGCCACAUGGCAGCCUGAUCAACAGCGACUUUCCCACCACAUAUGUCACUGCUGUAGUGUAACUGCUAUGCAACUCACUCAGAAUCAAGUACAUGAAAAGACCAUUUGGAAGUUUUACGACGGUUGUUACGGUUGCAGUGGGGAAAUAAUUCAACCAUCCGGAAACCUGCAACGCGAUGUCAUCCGUUGAGAAUCCAAGCAUACCAGUGCCCCAUCGCCCUUUAAAAAACAACCCACCCAAUGACUCUGCUGUGAUUCAAAAUACCGAGCGAUCUCCAGGUUUACUUACGCCAGGGCUCGGAAUAGAUACUACGAUCGGGCAGAGUCGAUAUCAUGGCUCCACAACUUCCCUAGCCCUGAGCCACUCUGACACAGGCACCAACGAAGGGAAACGUAGACUACUCAUGGUUUACAUUCAUGGAUUCGUUGGAUCCGAAGAAAGCUUCCAUGAUUUUCCCAAACAUGUUCAUGAUCUUUUGACAAUAUCGUUACGUGAGACCCAUGUGGUCUAUACGAAGAUCUAUCCUCGGUAUAAGACUCGGGGACCUGUGCAUAUAGCCCGGGACAAUUUUAGCCAAUGGAUUUCGCCCCAUGAAGCUCCAGACUUAGAUGUCAUUCUCUUGGGUCACAGCCUGGGAGGCAUCGUCGCCGCAGAGGUUGCACUAAUGCCAAUACAGUCUGCAACCAGGCUUGUGCCGGACACGAGGUUGAACCAUCGGAUAUUGGGACUGGUCAACUUUGAUGUGCCCUUCUUUGGGCUUCAUCCUCGCGUAGUGACCACUGGAAUUGGGAGACUUUUCCGCCACAAACCGGGCGAAACUAGCGACACAACCGAUUCAGUUGCAUCUAUAAAUGAGAGCAUCUCUAGUCCGGACACUACGUUCAACCCAGCCUUUCAGAAUGAUGUGAAACUAACGCAAUGGAAUGGCUGGGAUGGCGCAUGGCAUUUUAUCUCGAAGUACUCACACCACUUAUCGAGGUCGAUUCUGCAGUAUGCUUAUUCAUAUUAUGACCACGCUGGGUGUAUGAACAACUACCCCGAGCUCUUCAAGAGGCAUAAACAACUGAUGAGGCUGGAGGCAAUCGAUGAGUUUAGCCAAGAUUCCCAGGCUCAGAGUCGUGGUGCUUCGCGAGUCCGAUUCGUAAAUUACUUCACCAAGAGUACGGGGACAAUAAGAGCAGGAGGAGCAGACAACUCAUUUUCAACUCACAUAGUCAGACAUGAGGACCUUCGUAAAUGCGAUUGGCAGGGGAUCUUGGAAGAUGCAACGAAUAUACUCGAAAUGGACCACAAACCCGGCCAUGCUCGGCGGAAAUCAUCGCCACACGGUUUAGUUGAUUCUGCUGGAUUGUUGCGGAGAAAGCAGGACAUAUGUCCUAAAUCAAGUGGUGGCCAGCAUUCAUCGUUGCAUUUAGAGUCUUCUGUGAGGACCGUCGUGCAAAGCGCCGUAACGGAUGGCCAAGAUGAGAACCCUAAAAUGGGCUGUGAGAGGUCUAAUCAGUCCCAGGCAGCUCGCCGACAGUUCUGCUACCUUCCGAAAAAUAUAUCCAAUGGCAAAGAGCACCUGUGGAUUCCAGUGCAGAUGGAGGGCAUUGACGAGAUCACGGCCCAUCAGUCAAUGUUUCUUCCUCAGGGUACAUACUAUGACAAACUUGUUGGAGAUACAGUAGCGCUGAUUGAAGGCUGGAUAAGCGAUGAUCUGACGAGACGAACUAUUCUAGAAGGUGGCUUUUGUAAAUAGACGUGCUCUGCAACUAGAGUCAGCCAGCGUUGGACACCCUUAUGCGAUUCGCAUAGCUUCUUUAUCCUGCUCUCGGUGCUAUUUUCUCUUUCAUACAUAAAUCCUCCUCGUGUUUGGGCCGUAUAAU